CGAUCAAAUUUAAGGUCAAGGUGCUAUUUGUUACAAAAUGUAAACAUGCUUAUGAUUUUUCGUAUUUGUCAACAUUUAUUAAUAAUAUGUAAAUGUAUAGCUAAAGCUGUGAUUCUUUGGUUUAUUCCAAAGCGGGAAAAGGACAUUUCGCGAGAUGUCAUUCUGGUGACUGGCGGAGGGAGAGGAAUCGGACGUCAGUUAGCGCUUUCGUUUGCAAAACACAAACCUUCCCAGAUAAUUCUCUGGGGGCGACAUGGCGACACCUUGCAGAGCACGUGUGACGAAGUGAAGAAUCUGGGAGUGCUGUGUACAUACAUGGUCUGUGACGUGGGUGACAGGGAACAAGUGUAUAAAUGUGCUGAGAAAGUGAAGUCCAGCGUGGGUGACGUUACGAUCUUGGUGAAUAAUGCUGGUGUUGUAUUUGGUCAACUUAUACUCGACAGCUCAGAGGAACAGAUACAAACAACAAUAAAAACCAACAUACUGGCACAUUUCUGGACUGUAAAAAGUUUUAUACCUUCAAUGUUGGAGAGUAACUAUGGACACAUAGUCGUACUUUCAUCACUUCUGGGUUUGACGGGAAUGAAAAGGGCCGGAGAUUACGUCAGCUCAAAGUUCGCAACCACUGGAAUGGCCGAUGCCUUGAGAGAGGAGCUAAGAAUCAUGGGAAAAACAGGGGUUACGGUCACAAGUGUUCACCCAUACCAAGUAGAAAAUGAGAUGUUUGCUGGUUUAAAAACUAGGCUCAGCGGUUGGCUAUUACCUCCCCUCACCGAGACAUACGUUGCCGACCAAACAGUACGAGCCGUGUUGAGGGACCAACCUGUAUUAAUCUUACCCAGGCUCAUGUAUUUUGUCAUCUGGUUCCUAAGCUGGACUCCAAACAGGGUGAUUCUCGAGAUGGCCAAAUUAACUGGGUUGAGUUCCGCAAUGGACACUUUUCAUGGACGUUUGAAGCAGGAAUAAACUGCCUUGAUUAUCAACUGCAUGAUCAAGAUGAACGAGUCGUAUUUAUUUUUCUUAUGGAGCCGUUUACACCUAUCAACUUUUUCACUACUGUAUGCAGAUAAAAAAAGGAGGGGGGGCAUGCUUUAGCUCAGUCGGUCGAGUGCUCGCUUGAGGUGCUUGUGUCACAGGAUCGAACCACCUCGGUGGAUCCGUUCAACCGAUUGGGUUUUUCUCCUUCAGCCAGUGCACCACAACUGGUCAAAGGCCGUGGUAUGUGCUUUUCUGUCUGGCCAAGUACAUAUAAAAAUCCCUUGCUGCAUUAGAAAACCGGAUCCUUCUAAACACCGAACAUUUUAUUGGUCCAAAGGGAAGGUAGGAAAUGUUUAUUUAAUAAUGCACUCAACACAUAUCUACGGUUAUAUGACAUAUGGUUAAGGACCAGACACAUAUUGAGAGAGGAAACCUGCUGUCGCCACUUCUUGGUCUACUCUUUUUCAAUU